CAUAAAGGUGACAUUGAUGGUUCUUGAUUCAUUUUGUUUCGUGAAACGAAUUACAGAACAAAUGUUAAUAUUUUUACUUGAAACUUAUUAAAACAUUGUGCUAUAACUGUAGUUUUCUUAAACAUAUCAAAGAAAAUGAACGACCCGGAAUUAGAGAGAAUUCGUCAGCAGCGUCUCGCCGAACUACAAGCCCAACAUGGAGGUGGAGAUCCAAAUCAAGCCAAGGCUCAGCAAGAGCGGAUGCAGGCUAUGGAAGAGGCAAAACAUUCAAUAUUAUCCCAAGCACUUAGCCAAGACGCCAGAACAAGAUUGAAUAUAAUAAAAUUAAGUAAACCAGAAAAAGCAUCAAUGGUGGAAAACAUGAUCUGCAGAAUGGCUCAAAUGGGCCAAGUGAGCUCAAAAAUAUCGGAGCAAGAAUUGAUACAGUUGUUGGAAUCAGUCAAUCAACAAAUGCCUAAAUCUUCGAGCACUGUUAAAUUUGACAGAAGAAGAGCUGCCCUUGAUUCUGAUGAAGAUGAUUUGUAGUAUUUGUUGAAACUAUUCAGUAAUUCUACACCAGAAUGCCUUAAAUUAUACUCAGUUUUUUCGAGUCUUAUUGCUAAACAAAAAGCUAAUAUAGUUCAGGCAGAUUUUUUAAGUGUGGAGAAUAAAAUAUAUUGUAACAUUCUCUUUCUUUUAGCAAUAAGUUAUUUUUGUCAAAAGCAAUAAUUCCUAAUUAUCUUAAUUAGGUGAUGAUUAGCCUUUUGCUAUUAAUUAACACAAGGCUUAUGGUCUCAAAACAAGUCAAUACCUACUUUAUAAACUAUGUUAUCCUACAAAAAAAAAAUAAAAAAAAAAAACUAAAAACAUGUGAGGCAUAUGGGAAGACAUCAAAAUCAUAAAUUGCUUUUAAUUUCUACUUAAAAUUUAAGUGUUUCAAUUUUGCCCUAAUAACAAAUUGUAUGAUUGUGUUAUAAAUUAAAACAAACUCUUAUGUAAGCUUCUCAAAUGUAUAAUUUUUUCUGUAAUAAAUUAAAAAUUAUUUUAUGCAAAAAAA